CAUUUUCUGAAACUAGUAUUCAACUAUCAUCUAAAUUCUAAACUACUCUCAAACGUUAGUUGUUUUUUUCAGUCCGCCAUUUAAACUUCCCAAAAAAUCCCAAAUAUCUAACCCUAAUUAAUCAAUCAUCUUCCCCCUUUCCAAAAUCUCAAGAUUUCAACCUUUUUUUCAGAAAUUCGCAAAUCAAUUUUCGUUAAUUAACAAAAACCUGGCUUCAGACUUCUGGAAAUCUUUGUUCCCACCCAGAAGAACUAAAUCUCCACCUCUUCUCUCACUCUCUCAUACUCGGAUGCUCCGAGGAUCCAUGGAUUUCAACCCGUUUAAGUACUGUUCUGGGCUUCGUUACUUGGGCUACUUGAUGAUCCUUAUGGUUUUAGCUAUCAUUGCUCUUACUUACUGGGCCGUCAUCGUUCUUGUUUGGGGGCCCAAAUUGAUCCAUGGUGGGCCUCAGGCUGUUCUUGCUGCAUUCAUUGUUUCUCUCUUCCAUGUUCUUCUUAUACUGUUGACUUGGAGCUACUUGAUGGUUGUCUUUCAAGACCCUGGUUCUGUUCCGCAAAAUUGGAGUCCAGUACUGGAUGGUAAUCUGGAAGAAGGUACCUCAUCAUCAUCUUUAGCAUCUCCAUGGCCUGCAUCAAAUGGAAGUGAGCGCAGAUCGACUGCGGGGUAUUGUAGUCGAUGCCAGAGUGCCAGGCCACCGCGUUGCCACCACUGUUCUGUUUGCCAAAGAUGUGUUCUCAAAAUGGAUCACCAUUGUGUAUGGGUAGUCAAUUGUGUUGGAGCACGCAAUUACAAGUUCUUCCUCUUAUUCCUCAUUUACACAUUUCUGGAGACAGUAUUGGACACAUUUGCAUUGCUCCCUAGAAUUAUUACAUUAUUCGGAGAAGCAAAGAAACAUUCCGCCUCUCCUGGAAAUCUUUCUGUCACGGUUUUGGCAUUUGUUCUAAAUUUGGCCUUUGCUCUCAGUCUACUCUGUUUUGUUAUCAUGCAUGCAACACUUGUUUGGAGCAACACAACAACCAUUGAGGUCUCUGAAAAGAAGAGAGAUAAAAAGGAAAGGGCAUCCAAAUGGAAGUACGACUUGGGUUGGAAGCAGAAUUUUGAGCAGGUCUUUGGCAUGAAAAAGGCGCUAUGGUUUUUCCCUCUUUUUGCAAAGGAUGAUCUAGACAAUGUACCCUCAUUACAGGGCACGUAUUUCCCAGUGCGUGAUGAUUGUGAGUCAUAACAAAUCGGUGUGUGUAAAUUAUUUGAACCCUAGUGAUCUUGAGAGUGCUGUCACUCCAGCCAAAUGACACCAUUGUAAGUUUCAAAGUUGAGGGAGGUCGAAUUUGUCAUUGUAAUAGCUGGAGUGGCAAAAAAUUGUGCCAUAAUACAUGUUUAUGUGAUCAUUAUAUUCAUCUUGUAUUAAUAUUGUCAAAAAUACAAAUAGGUUAGUACUAGUGUGUGAUUCAUUCUGAUGUAGAUUGUCUACUUUCUCCUUUUUUAUAAAUACAUGUCAUCUCUUGAUGAGAUGAUCAUGUUGGUUUCUGCAUAUAAU